AUGUCAUCCGGGAAUUGGCAUCACGGGGUGGAGGUCAACGUUGAGCUGGUCGAACCAAAUGAGAAAAACCCGGAAGAUUAUGGGGCUAUAGAGAUUAUCGCAACGGUAAGCUGUUUCGGACGAACUGGUGUUGAGAUGGAAGCCAUGACGGCGACUACGGGGGCAGCGUUGACAGUGUAUGAUAUGCUCAAGGCUGUGGAUAAGGGGAUGGUCAUUGGAGGUGUUCGACUAUUGGAGAAGCAGGGUGGAAAGAGCGGACACUGGACGAGUCAAACCAUGUGA